AUGUUCGGAGCCUUCCGCGUGACCUCGCCCCUGUCGAGCGGCCUGCUCUGGAAGAUUCCCUGGCGGCUGUCCAAGUUCCAGAAGCGGCGCCAGCGCCAGCGCCUCCGGGCCGUCGACGACGUUGUCGCGACGGUCGACGCAGCGCUCGCUAAGAAGGGCGAGACGGUCGCCGCGCUGGAGCGUUGGAAGGGUGAGAUGCCGACCGAGGCGGAGAUGCUGCCGCGAGACAAGUACACCAUGUUUGACCGCAAGGAGAAGAAGUACCGCAAGGGCAUCCACAAGCUGCCCAAGUGGACGAGAGUCUCGCAGAGACUGAACCCGCCAGGCUACUAA